GGAUUGCUGGGUACGGCUGCUCGGUCGUACGUUGGUUAUGAAUUGGCUGAGUCGCGUUGAAUUACCCGACUUGCGACCGAGACUCUGAUACCCUUCGUCCGAGGACGUUUGGCUUUUCCGUCUUCCUCUGACCUGCCUUACCGGUGUCUUGUGUCGAGCUGCAGCUAUUGCGGUUAUGCCAUACUGAUAUAGCAUCUGUACGACGGAAUCGUUGUGCUGCACUAGCUUAACACCAACUUUUUCUUUUGUCCACGCCUUCCUAAACUAGGAACUCGCCUCGAAGAUGGCUGGCAAAAGGAAGCGGGAUAUCCUCGAUUUUGAUCCUAAUAAGUCCGAUUCCAACGACGAGAAUUUUGAGCCAGAGAUCGACCGUCCUCGCUCGCGGAAGAAGUCGCGCCCGCACGGCGUUAACAAAUCUAGUUCUCGCAGAAAAGGUCGCUACAGAGGGUCUGAUAUCGAAGACGACGAUAUCGACGACAGUGGACACGAGAAUUCAUUCGACGAGGACGACGAAGAGGAGGAGGAGCCCGAGCCUCUGAUCAACGAAAAUACCGGUCGGCGCGUGAGGAAGGCUGCAUCAAAGCAGCACAACUACAAAGAGAGUUCCGAGGACGAGGUUGAGGACCUCGUCCAAGACUCGGAUGACGACAAGGACGACCUUGUAAAGAACUCGCCGAAGAAGUCAUCGCCCCGCCAACGGAAGUUAAUCACUCUCCGGGUUCCUGCGUCUGCGCGAAAAACACGCGCCGCUACUAAUACAAACGCUCCGGUUGGCACUAGAAGGAUCACACGAGCACGAACAGUUGACGAGGACGAUGUCGAACUGUUGGAAUUAACAAAUUCCGGGAGGCACGCGCGACCCACUCGAGCUUCUAAGAGUAAGAGCCCGGAGACCUUGGGUCGAAGUGGUAGACCAACUCGUAGCGCCAAAGGCGUGAAGAAGACGAUAUCGCCUGUUAUGGAGGUGGACACUCAGGAGGAAGAGAGCAUCCCCCAGGCCGAGGAUGUGAAAGACCCCAUUAUUCAAGACGACGACGCACUGGACGCGAAUGGGGUUGACCAAGCUGCGGAUGACGAUGCCGCUGAAGAUCAGGGUCAAGAACAUGAAGAGCCUAUGGAAACAGUCGAGGCCAACGAAGAUGCCGAUGCUGAUGACGAUGACGAUGUUCCAAUCACACGCCGCACCCGUGGCGCCAGGGCUAACCAACCUACGGCCCCAGCUGAGGAUGUUCCCGCCGACGAUGCUGACAACGUUCCUCUAACUCGGGGCCGUUUGACCAGGAAAUCUCGGCUAAAGAAAUCGAUGCAGGAGCCCAGUAGUGACUUUGAGCCGGGCAAUGAGUCAGGAGAAGAGAACAUGUCAGAUUCUGAGGCUAAUCCGGCCGAAGCCGCUGGUGACGACGGCGAGAACUCUAGUCCGAGUGCUCGUGGCCGGGGCUUCUCUAGGAGCAAGGGGGGGAAGCCCGCGAAGAGAUCACGGCGACGGGCAGAGUCAGGGGAAGAGGAUGAGGUUGACGAGAACGAAGUCGCCGAAGAACUCGAAGAUCUUAGAGAAGAUUCUCGUUCGCGGAGACGGCGUCGAUCACCCCAAAUUCUCUUUGAGGGAAAGAGACAGGAGACGAGACGACGCAGAGCCGGUCCGGUCAACUAUGUCAUCCCGGCGCUCAAUCAGGUCCCCAUCGAGCCGGAAGAGGAUGAGGAGACGGGUCCGACACCGGCCCGCCGUCGCGGGCGUGCGAACGGAGGCGCUACUUGGGACCAUAGUCUACAUACUAGUGCCGGCCCCUUUGGUGGCGUAGGAUUGACCGGUGCCCUCCUUGGUGGUCCUUGGGGUACUGGUGCUGCUGGCGGUGCCGAUUCUGACAGUAGUGACAACGAAAUGGAUUCUCGAUCAGGAGUAGCCGGCAAUGUGGGCAUGACACCUACCUCCGCGGCCCCUCAACUCGCGCCCUUCGGCCAACAUCCAAACGUGGAGGGUUUGGGCGGGCAUGUCGCGCCUACGCCGAAUGUUGGGAAGAUUAAGAGCCAUAAAGCACUCGCCGAUGCGGACCCGCUAGGAGUGGAUCUCAAUGUUGACUUCAGUCAGGUUGGAGGUUUGCAAGGCCACAUCGAUCAGCUUAAGGAGAUGGUCCAGCUACCUCUGCUUUAUCCGGAACUGUUCAUGAAAUUCCAUGUUACUCCACCGAGGGGUGUCUUAUUCCACGGCCCUCCGGGAACUGGAAAGACACUCCUAGCUAGGGCCCUCGCCAACUCUGUCGGUAUCGGCGGCCGAAAGAUCACAUUCUACAUGCGCAAAGGUGCCGACGCCCUCAGCAAGUGGGUUGGUGAAGCCGAGAAGCAACUCCGCCUCCUCUUUGAAGAGGCUAGAAGGACACAGCCAAGCAUUAUCUUUUUCGACGAGAUUGAUGGUCUUGCCCCUGUCCGGUCUAGCAAGCAGGAGCAAAUCCACGCAUCAAUUGUCUCUACCCUCUUGGCUCUGAUGGACGGCAUGGAUGGCCGUGGACAAGUCAUCGUGAUCGGUGCUACCAAUCGGCCGGAUAGUGUGGACCCUGCCCUCCGUCGACCGGGGCGAUUCGAUCGAGAAUUCUACUUCCCUCUGCCUGAUGUCGACGCCCGGAAAUCUAUUAUCGAUAUCCACACACAAGGAUGGGGGCUUUCGGACGAGUUCAAGACAUCUCUAGCUAGAGAUGCGAAGGGCUACGGGGGUGCUGACCUGCGGGCCAUGUGCACUGAGGCCGCCCUCAACGCUAUCCAGAGGACAUACCCGCAAAUAUACUCUUCCAAGGAAAAGCUUGUCGUCAACCCGGAUAAAAUUACCGUGCACAUGACCGACUUUAUUCUCUCCAAGAACAAGAUCAUCCCCUCUUCGGAGAGGUCUGCCACGUCUGGUGCUUCUCCCCUACCGAAACCUAUCGAGCCACUUCUCCGAGAUCAGUUCAAGGCCGUCACUGCGGUGCUAGACGGCGUCCUACCCCGUAAGAAGAAGGUAACGGCUCUUGACGAGGCGAUGUUCGAACCUUACGACGACGACGACUUUGGGUUUGGCCGAGAAGCCUUGCAUCAGGAGUUUCAACGAUUUCGUGUUUAUCGGCCGCGCCUUUUGGUAUGCGGUUCGCCGGGAAUGGGGCAAGUUUACGUUAGCGCCGCCAUGCUCCAUUAUUUGGAAGGUGUUCAUGUACAAAACUUCGAUCUAGCGACUCUGCUCGGAGAUCCUCUCCCCGUUGAACAGGUGUUGUUCCAGUUUUUCGCCGAAGCAAGGCGCCAGAAGCCGAGCAUCAUCUUCAUCCCAAAUGUUGACGUCUGGUACUCAACCCUAGCUGGACCAGCACUAACAGCAUUUUUAUCUAUGCUGAGAACGAUACCACCCACUGACCCCAUCAUGGUCGUGGGGACGGCGGAGGUUAAGCUGAAAGAUAUCGACCCCGAUCUCAAGCGCGAUAUCUUUGGGUUAUCAAACUCCAAUUCUGUAGAAAUUGCUCGCCCGGUGCAGGAAAAUCGGCAGGAAUACUUCAGCAGGAUUAUUUCACAUAUCAGAAGAUUUCCGAAGGAUUUCCCCGAUCCUGCCAAUCGGAAGAAGAGGGUUCUGGAGGAGCUUUCUGUCGCCCCCCCGCCUCCACCGAAGAAACUUACGAGGGAGGAGGCCAAGUUGGAGUGGUUGCGAUAUCGUCAGCUUCUUAACCUUCUGAAAGUACACCUGCAGCCUAUCAUGGACCAGAUCAAACGCAAGUACAAGACAUUCCGCUCUCCCCUGAUAGCGCAGACCCAGUAUCAGUACCUCUUUGACGAGGCGGAUCCGAACCACGUUAGGCCCGACGUGGCUGACGCUUUACCGCGCCCUUAUAUAAUUUCUAAGGACAGGGAGGGAUAUCCGGGCCUUCUGGAGACAUCGACGAAUAAGUUCUAUUACAACCUUGACAUUCAGACAAUAGAGGAGAGGCUGGCGAAUGGCUACUACACCAAACCUCUGGCGUUCUUGAAAGACAUUGAGUGCAUCGAGCAUGACGCCAAGAAUUCGGGCGACAAAGCACUUCGCCUCAAGGCCAACGAGCUCUACACUAACGUGGAGGUCGACGUCAAUGAUGUUGACCAGAAGUUCAGAGCUAUGGGGGUUAACUGGGAGGACAUGUUCAGCAAGGAGCAAGCGCGGAGAAACGCGCGCAGGGAGAGACAUCGGAAGCGGAUGGCGAUACAAUCUGCUGCCGACCAGGCGCAGGCUGGUGUCGGCAAUGGGCGAAGCCCUCCACUCGGUCGCCCUGCGAGGUUGCAAAAGCUGCAUACAACAAUGGCCCACUUCCAACUCAUUGGCGAUGAAGCAAAUGGAGACAAGGACGACUCGCUGCUGCAUCCCACUGUCAACGGGACGUCCGUGCCAUCUCGGGACGACGGUGACGAUGUCACCAUGACUGACAUUGAAGGCCAGACCCUGGAGGGUCCGAACACUUCCAUGCAGCCGCCAUCACAAUGGCCCCGGAUGGAUAUUCGAUCUAUCCAUACUUCGGUGCAUGUGACGACGGGGGGGACGAACCAGAUGUCUCAGGUUUCCGCUGUCCAGUCUCUGCCUGCAGGAGUAUCGCCGUCCGCACUGAUCAACGACGCAUCAACCACCAAGACGUCGGAUCCGUCCAACCGGUCUUCUAAUUUUAGCACACAGGCUACCAACGGCAUCCAUAACGAGCAUUCCAGUCUACUUGAAAAUAUCCCCGACACCCAACCAGUCCCUGGCACAAGCCAUGCGUCUAGCGAAGAUCAGUGGCUCCGUUCUGAAGUUUUGCGGGGGCACACCCAGCAGUCCGGGUCGUCCCAGGGGUCGCGCGCUCAGGCGUCACCAGCUGGUGCUCGAUUCUCCCACGCUCCUAGCAUGGCGAACUUGCUUAACGACCCUUCUCCAGAUGAGCAAUCGCAGUCUCAGCGCCCACCUGGAUCAUCUGCUUCACAGCAAGUCGAGCUAGAUGAGACCCAAGGUCAGUUCUUCCUGGAGGAACUGACAAAACGUACCUCGGGUUGCACUAUCGAACAGUUGCAACAGAUCUAUCGCGAAAUGAUGGUAGAGCUCUGGAAAACAAGGGGGGAGCACAAUCGUAUGAAGGUGCUCAAUUCGGUCACGCGCGUGUUUAAUGAGGCCAUCAAUGAUAUUGAGUCGAUGCAAGGGUUCCUGGCACCAAGCCAAACAGUGGGUUAGAAUAGUUAAUAUCGAACCGUAGUCGUUGACACACAGAGUGCGUGAGGGA